AUUCAUUAAGCCCAUUUAGUCGAUUGAGCCCGAGUUUAGUUACCCAAACGAUAGUAGCUUCUAUUUUGUCCUUAAAACCCGACCUUAACGCUUGCGUAUCACACAUCAGUUUCAUCUCUACACUCACAAUUUCGCUUCUCUCUUCUCUCGCACACCCUAUUUCACUUCCGCUUCAUUUUCAGGAUUUUUAAUAUGGCAGAGUUGAAACAAGGAUUGAGGAAGCCAGUGUUUACUAAGGUUGAUCAGCUUCGCCCAGGGACUAGUGGACACACCAUAACUUUGAAGGUUGUUGAUACUAAGAUGGUGAUGCAGAGAGGUCGUACUGAUGGACCUCAACCUCGUCAAAUGCGAAUUGCUGAAAGUUUGGUUGGUGAUGAGACUGGAAUGAUCAUUUUCACUGCAAGAAACGAUCAGGUGGAUUUGGUGAAAGAAGGCUCCACUAUCAUCCUGCGUAAUGCCAAAAUUGACAUGUUCAAAGGAUCAAUGAGACUUGCCGUGGACAAAUGGGGCCGUAUUGAAGUCACAGAACCAGCUAGCUUCACUGUCAAGGAAGAUAACAACUUGUCCUUGAUUGAGUAUGAAUUGGUGAAUGUUGUUGUUGAAUGACUUGUUGGGAGCAUUCUGAAAUGUUCAAAUGAAGAAUAAAAACAAUCGAGCAAAGAAAUCUACUUUUUGUCUAUGGGAAAUAUUAUCAUGCGCAUCGCAGUUUACCUUGCUAGAAAUAUAGAUUUGUGUAGCCAUUAGUACCAACAGCUGCUCUUACCGUUGCAAGACUCAGAAUCGAUGGAUCUUGUAGCUUCAACCACCAGAGAGAUGGUGAUGCAAGUUGGAAACAAAGGAAUUGGCUUUCAGAUCAUACUUUUUGCUAUGCCUUUCUAUAUUUUAAUUAUGUUUAUCAUCAUCUACCAUGGAUUAUAUGUAUUGAUGUUUUAUAUGGCAGGUGAAUGUUUAUAUAACUUAAAACUUAAGGCAACCUUUGUUUAAUCA